UCAGUGCGCCUGCGCCCUCCAGUUCAUUCGAGGAAGUGGGUGGACAGGCAGGCUCAGAAGCGACAGAGAAGAGUUUGUUGUUGACUUUUUUUUCCAGAGGAUAAACGCCUCGCCGUUCUUUCAAAAUGUCGGACUUUGAUAACAACCCGUUCGCAGAGCCCAGCAGCAUCAACCCCUUCAAUGAUCCCUCCGUCACUCAGGUGACCAACUCCAACAUCGAACCAGUUGAAAACUACAACCCUUUUCCCCAGUCCAGCGAUUUCGCAGCCACUCACACCACGCCCGCCUCCACCUCCGUCUACCAGCCGGCCGUGUUGCAGCCGUCUACAGAACCCAGUCCACAGGCGUCUGCUGCUGCAGCUCAGGCCAACCUGCUGAGGCAGCAGGAGGAGCUGGAGAGGAAGGCUGCCGAACUGGACCGCAGGGAGCAGGAGCUGCAGGGCCGGGGCCCCACAGGUAAAGAAAACAACUGGCCUCCGCUUCCCAAGUUCUUCCCCAUCAAACCGUGUUUCUAUCAGGACUUCUCAGGGGAAAUUCCCGUAGAGUACCAGAGAGUCUGCAAAAUGAUGUACUACCUCUGGAUGUUCAACUGUAUGGUUCUGUUCCUCAACCUGCUGGCCUGCCUGGCUUACAUGAUCAAAGCAUCGGAACAUGGCAUAGACUUCGGCCUCUCCAUCCUCUGGUUCAUCCUCUUCAGUCCCUGCUCCUUCCUCUGCUGGUACCGGCCAGUCUACAAUGCCUUUAAGAGCGACAGCUCUGUCAACUUCUUCUUCUUCUUCUUCGUGUUUUUCUGCCAUGUGGUAAUCGUCAUCAUCCAGGCUGUGGGCAUCCCCAACUGGGGCAACAGCGGUUGGAUUUCUGCCAUCAUGGGGUUGCGUUCAGACAAGGCGGUGGGAUGCAUCAUGAUCAUCGUGGCCAGCCUCUUCACCGUUUGUGCCGUGAUGUCCGUCAUCUUGCUGAAGAUGGUCCACGGCCUGUACCGCCGCACUGGGGCCAGCUUCCAGAAAGCCCAGCAGGAGUUCUCCCAGGGCGUGGUCACCAGUAAGGGCUUCCAGACAGCAGCUUCUGGAGCAGCCUCUGCCGCUGCCCAGCGAACCUUCCAGGGGAGCAACUAAAGGCGGACUGAGCUAAAAGAAGCUCAUCAGUGCAUGUUGGACCCCCCCCCCCCCCCUCCAUUGUACAUCCUGGUUUGCACCUCCAGAGCGCCUGCAGCUGAGCGUCGACGUCCAGUUCUGUGCGGUAAAAGCAGCCAAGGGGGAAAGUCACACGUCAAGUACAAACUGGGGUGGAAGACGCAAAUGAAGAUUCCUGAUGUCCGUAUCAGCAUGCCUCUGCUUUGUGUAUGUUGUUUCAAUGCCUCUCUGACAAUGCUCUUAAAUGUAUGUGUGACAGGCCCGCUCAGUGUGGGUGCACCAAGAUUGCUUCUCUGCUCUGCAGGUGGACCCUCAACAUAAAUGUUUGUCAUUGAUUGACUUGUUUUCUGUCUCAGAAGCAUUUUAUUCUGGGGCAAUCGUUCCAGUUUGGUAAAAAAAAAUAAUAAUCUGCAGAAGUUGGGGGAAAAUAAGUCCUCUUUGUUUUAUUUGCUUGAAUCUGGACAUCAGCGUAGAGUUUGGUUUUAAAUCUCUACAUUGAAAAGAUAUUGAUGAAACACGCUCUACUCUGCGGUGGUUUUGUCACAUCUGCAGAGGAAAGCACUACUUAACAUUUCACACUUGUAGAAAGCAGAAUUGACAGGUCCUCAGUAUAGUUUCAGAAACUCUAAUGUGAUUGUUUUUGUCUUGGGUCAUAAGUGUGAUAAUUUUGUAUGCAUCAUUUCAAUGCUUUUUGAAAGAGCUUUUACUGGAAUAUCAUCUAUCAGAAAUUGCCAUUUACACUGACAGGUGCUCAUGCAGUCUGUCCGGAGCCAUUCUUUAAAAAGCAGCCAGUCUGAUCUAGAUUCCUUUGAUUUGUGUCUUUAACUCUGUUGCUGUUAGUGGGACUGCUUAAAAGCGACAAAACGAAUGAGAAAGUAUCUCAGAAUUUCGUAGAAUUUGAAGCAUUUCAACAAUUUGUAGCAAUCACAGUUCCCUGGUGCCUUUUUGUAUUUGGCCAGUUUUCACCAUAAUUUCAUUACCAACCUUUGUUUCUGAACAGAGCCGGUGUCUAACCCAGUAUUCUGCUAAGACACUGCGUUGUCAUUUUAUCUCCGAACGCGCUUUUUUUAAAACUUGCCUUGUGGUCACAGAGACAUAAAUUAUUCCCACACCGCCAGACAUUUCUCUAAUCUCCUAUAUUACAAAGCCUAUGUGUGUGUUAUUUAAUGUAGUGUUUCAAAACUUCAGCCGAGAUGUAACUUUUGUAAGUAUUUUUUCUAAACAGUCCGCAGAUGAUUUCUAAUGUUCUUUCACCAAAUAUGUAGCUGAUAGAAAAUUUGAUGAUGAAUUUGUUUAGUUUGACCUGGAUGGAUCAUUCUGGGGUUAAAAAAAAGAAAGAAAAAAAAGACAACCUGGUGCCUUUUGUGUUUCACCAAUGGAUAUUGUAUCUAAUAAAAAUGCUUUGCUCUCA